UUCAGGAAAAGCGCCUGAACAUAUUUUUUCUCUGGCUUGCUGGGAGAAACAGGACAGCAGCCGCGUCCGUGCCAAGGAGAAGGCGUAGACUUCCUCCAAACAUUUCCUCCGCCAUCUCCGCUUUCGAGACUCUAAAGUUUUGUGGAAUCUUUGUAACGAGAGGAGUUUUUUUUUUCUUUCUCCCCUUUUCUGCCUCCUCCACCACCUGGACGCCGCUUUCUCAGCUCUGAAACAACACGGGAGAGGAUUCCUCCCUUUUCUCCUCAGACAGCUUGCACUUUUGCAGACAUGGACUGGGGAACAGAUCUUUGGGACCAGUAUGAUGUCAUUGAUAAGCAUUCGCAGUCAGGCCUUGACCUGGUGGAGCGUUACAUAAAGUUUGUGAAGGAGCGGACAGAGAUAGAGCAGAGCUACGCCAAGCAACUCAGGAGUCUAACAAAGAAAUACGCCAAACGAGGGAGCAAGGAAGAGCAAGACUGCAAGUUCAGCAAUCACGCAUCAUUCCAGGAGAUCCUGAACGAGCUGAACGAUUACGCCGGCCAGCGAGAGCUCAUCGCUGAAAACAUGAUGACCGGCAUCUGUGUGGAGCUCACCAAGUAUCUUCAGGAGCUCAAACAGGAACGGAAAACUCACCUGUCAGAUGCCAAGAAGGCCCAGCAGACUUUAGAGAGCAGCUUUAAACACCUAGAAAGUACUAAGAAGCGCUUCGCCAAGGAAUGGGCGGAGGCUGAUAAAGCCACACAGCAAGCAGAGAAAACAGAGAGCGAUCUCAACGCCACCAGGCUCGAUGUCGAGAAGGCCAAGCAGCAUGCCCAUGCCCGAACACACACGGCGGAGGAGUGCAGGAACGACUACGCAGCACAGCUCCAGAAAUACAACAAGGAACAAAACUUAUUCUACUACUCAGAGAUACCGCAGAUCUUCAAUAAACUGCAGGACAUGGAUGAACGGAGGGUCCGGCGGCUGGCCGAGGGCUACUGCCAGUUUUCAGACAUUGAAAAGAAGGUGCUGCCCAUCAUCUCCAAGUGUCUAGAGGGAAUCUCUGCAGCUGGAGUGAAAAUUAAUGAGAAACAGGACUCCGUACUGUUCAUAGAGCAGCACAAGUCUGGUUUUGAGCGACCUGGAGAUGUGGAGUUUGAAGACUAUAGCCAGGGAAUCAAACCAGCAACCUCUGACUCAAGCCUCAACCCACCCAAAGUGCGAGCCAAGCUCUGGCCUUUCAGCAAGAAGCACAAGAUAUCUCAUGCUGAAAAGCACAUGCCACCGGCUGCAGAAGAUUUCUCUCACCUUCCUCCGGAGCAGAGGAAGAAGAGGCUGCAAGCGAAGAUUGAUGACAUCACCAAAGAGCUGCAGAAAACACAGGACCAAAGUGACGCACUGGAGAAGAUGAAGGGUGUGUACGAGCAGAAUCCACAGAUGGGAGACCCCUCCAGUCUGGAGCCUCAGAUCACAGAGACUGCCCAGAACAUAGGGCGCCUGAGGGGGGAGCUAGCCAAAUAUGAGACGUGGCUGUCGGAGGCGGUGGGAGGAGAGGAAUCUUCCAACACCAUCAACAAUAACACUCAACAUGGUGUUGUAGCGGCCGACCAGUCAAACAUCUACACAGAGUUUGACGACGAGUUUGACGACAUAGAAUCUCCUAUUGGCCAGUGCACGGCUCUGUACACCUUUCAAGGCAACAGUGAGGGCACCAUUUCCAUUACAGAGGGGGAGCUGUUGAGUAUAAUGGAGGAGGAUAAAGGAGACGGAUGGAUGAGAGUCCUUAGAGCCAGUGGAGAGGAGGGCUAUAUACCUUCAUCCUAUGUCAAACUCACCCCGUAACACACACACACACACAUACACACACGCACACUCAGAGCUUGUGAUGGAAGUUAAGAGCCAAAGGUGAAUACAAAGUCAUCCACGAUAAUUGGAGCUUCUCUACAUCCUUUAUCUCAGCCGAUGACGUGUAUGGUGAGAUGAAAGUGAGUGAUUAUUAAGCUUGUUAUCAAGGCUGAUUGCCGUAUCAUACGCUCCCUGUCUCUGCUCGCUGUGGCAGGAGAGGCCAUCUCUGAACGCAGACUGCCAGUCCUGUCUGAUCUUUCUAGAUUUCAACUCUUCUAAAACCAAACUUUUGAAUGUAUACCUGAACUUCUUGUCACAGUGCUAAGUGACAUACUAGUGUAACAUACUCAGCCUCAUAGUAGCCUAACGCUACAUUUGUGUGUCAAUAUAUCCACCCACUUGACUUUCCCGCUGCGAUUUCUAAUAACCUGCUGAACAUCUCCUUUCUUGUAACUCCAGCCUUCUGCUAAAGCCUCUUUCCUGACAGGAUAAUGUGAGUUUUUUUUUAUUUUAUCAUAGUGAUGUGAUGUUUUAUGACUUUUAAAUGGAUGAAAACCACUACUCCUAUAGAGUGCGCAAAACAUAAUAUGUCUCAAUGUACUGUCACAGUAAAAGGAAGGUUUCUUAUGUCUGUCUUUAAACAGUAGGUGUCCAUGUGAACAAUGGCAGUUUCUGCUUGCUAUAAUCAUUCCCACUGAAGAUUUCCCUUCCGAAUGCACUUCCACUGUAAGUGAUGUAAGUUUUUGUGGAGCUAAUGUGCAGCAUCAGCAGCCUGAGUUAGACUAAUCGAGCAGGUACCCUCCAAAGAUUCAGUGCUUUUUAAACAAAAGUUGUUCCUGUUGGUGUUAUUGUCCCUCCACUGUAGCUCAGCAGGAAAACACUGGGGGAAACACAAAGAGGAAUAAAAAGACUAACUUUGGAAGAUACCCACUUGAUAUGACAAAGACAGAUUUCUCAGACAUUUUUACACAGAAUGAGGACUGUACAUCUUCUCCCCCGUCUCUUGAGUGCAUUAGGAAGGGCCGCUGUGAUCAGGAGGAAUCAUUACGGAAAGCAAUAACAGUUUCAAUGUACAUUUGGGCAUGUUAGUAUUGUUGUAAAACAGACUUGACAAAUGUCAACCUAUCCUUUUAACUCCGUGUGAUAUGUAACAGAUUCUAUACUACAGCAAAGAUUUGCAAGAAAACUUGCUUUGCAAUGUUUUUGUGAAACUUAAAAGCACAAAGUUUAAAAUGAUCAAAGUUCGGUAAAAAUACAGAAUUGAUCAUUUUAUAAUUCCUGUGAACUGCCUGUAUUUGAGGAUGUGGCCUCUGUGCAGCUGCAGAGAUCAUCGUAUAGCACUGACAUUGUGAAAUCUGAUAAUGGGUGCAACUCAAAAGUAGAUAGUAGGCAAAUAUUCAGUUUAAUUUUCACUUUCCAACGUGGCUGGACUGUUGGAGCAGUCUCACUUCUGGUGAACAAGUGGUGGUUUGACUAUUUUUGUUUCUCAUAUUCUGGUUUUACAUGGUUUAACCACCUGUUUUCAUAUUAUGAGCCUCCAAACCUCUGACUCUCACUCCUGUUGUUCUUCUCUGAAGCAGUGGCCAUCAAAAGAAAAAAACACUUUGUGAUUAUGCCGACUUGAAAUCUUAACGAUCAGUUGUAAAAAUUUCUCAAGAAUCAGUGACACCAGGACAGACUUCAAAGGGGAUGAAAUGGGAGUUUUGAGAUUUAGCUUCUCAUUGGAUCACUGAGUGAAUGGAUGAAAAAAAAUGUUUACUUUUAAAAUCCGGUUGGAUUGUUUAAAGAUCCCCUUGAGACAUGUUUAAGAGAUCAUUUGGGUCUGGGUUUUCCACAUAGAAGUCGAUUAACCAGUUAAAAAUGAUCUUACUACAUCUACUCAUUAUCCCUCGUUUGAAAAAACGAAUCUAUGAAUUUACAAAUAUUAAAAAAAGUUGAACCGCUGCACAUAAGAUUUCUCAUACUUCCCUGAAAAUUCCAUUUUCAGCAUAAAUGCACCAGAGGUUUCAGGUUUAGAGAGGUAUGAGAUAAAAUUUGAAAAACAGCUUUUCUAGUGUCAAAUUCUUUUUGCAGAGUAAAGGUCAAAAAUCCAAAAACAGGAAGAAGAAACAACAGUGUUUGAGUGGAGACAUAAGGUUUACUCAUCUCUAUCUAUACCAUUCUGUCCUGCACUAGUAAAUGUUUUCUCAACCUGUAAGGAAUAUUAUUGUAUGAUCCAUUUUUAGAAAGAUAAUGUAUUUACAUGUAUCAUUCGAGUCAUAAAUUGAAAAAAAACCA